AUGUCGCCCGAACUUAUCGCGAUACUUGCUAUGGGGUUUGCCGUAAUCGGCAUCCAGAUGACGACGUUCAUUUAUCUAAUGCAGCGCAUGGAUAGGAUUGAAGCUCGAAUGACAUCGUUAGAAGUUGGACUGAGCGGGCGGAUGUCUUCGCUGGAGGUGGAGACGAAAGAAAGCAUGGCGGAACUGAGAAUAGAGAUGGUAGAGCGUAUGUCAACGCUGGAAGUUUCUCUGACUGAGCGUGUCGCUCGGCUGGAAGGUGUUGUGUUGGGUCGUAUGGAGUCCGGUAAUGGCACGUUGGGGACGACCGGAGACGACUAA